UCUGUCUGUGCUUGGAAAUUUUAUCAAUACCACGGUUAUCUAGUCCGCCACUGGCAGAGUUGCUCGCGAAAUCUACGGGCUCGACGUCCGACGACGGGGUGGCGCAAAGGCUCGAGAAUAGGCUGUGAGAAGUAGAGAAAAGGACAGGAGCGAAAGAGAACAAAUAUGGCCACCGAAGGCGGUCUGGCGCCAGAUGCUGCGGGUGCUGGCGCGGGUGCAGGUGCAGGAACCGAUGGAAUUGUCGGUGGGCCCAGGACGCCUCAGCAGAUUGCUUCGCAAAAGCGACUGCAGGCGACGCAAGCGCAGGUUGACGAGGUCGUCGACAUUAUGAAGACGAACGUUGAGAAGGUCCUCGAGCGUGAUCAAAAGCUCUCCGAGCUUGAUGACCGAGCAGAUGCACUUCAGCAAGGAGCGUCGCAAUUUGAACAACAAGCGGGAAAAUUGAAGAGGAAGUUUUGGCUACAAAAUUUAAAGAUGAUGAUCAUCAUGGGCGUCAUCGCACUCAUUAUAUUGAUCAUUAUAGUUGCAAAAUUCAUGCCGGAGUCACCGCCACCAGCACCACCUGCGUACGCUUAUCCACCAGCAGGAGUACCUCCCCCAGGUGCACCACCUGCAGGUGCUCCUGCCGCAGCACCAGGAGGUGCAGCUGCUCCAGGGGGUGGUUCUGCACCCCAAACCGCCGCUGCUGCCUUCGUUGGCUCCUUUAAUGGUAUACGCAGUACGAUCUAAAGAAAAGCUGCUCCCUCCGUUAUGAUCUUUCAAUUAAAUUUAAAUUAAAUUGAAUUAAAAAAAAAAAAAAAAGGAAAGAAAAAAAUUAAAUUAAAAGAAAAACAACCAACCAAAAAUGAUCCUCUAGAUGUGAUCGAUCAAUCGAUCUGGACGAUAAGAAAGGUAGAAAUAAACGAAAACAUGCGAUGAGAGAAACGAAUAAUUAAAGAUAAAUCUUCUCGAACUUUUCCUCGAUUUUAUUUCUUUUCAACCUGCAAAAGAUCAUUACAAUUCGCUUUUGCGAAAUGAAGGAAAUUAAAAAGAACAGAAAAGAAAAGAAGAAAAAAGAAAAGAGAGAAAAAAUAGAAGAACAGAAAAGGAAGACAAUUUCUAUUUGAAAUUGAAAACAUCAUCGUUUGUCCUUGAAUUGCUCGAUGGUCUCCUUAAUUAAAGGAAAUGAAUAUCGUUUGUGUUGGUAAAAAGGUUAUAUCUAAUAUACAAUUAUUUAUACAUAUAUAUACAUAUAUAUACAUAUAUACAUGUGUGUACAUAUAUAUAUAUAUAUAUAUAUAAAUAAUUUUAUAUAUAAUGUUAAGAGAAACGAGUACUAUAUAAAUAUAAUGCGAAGGCUCGAGAUGUGCUCUCUACGUAUGUAGUUAUUCCUAUCCAUAUGCAUACAUCCGAUCAAGGAAUAUGAGAGGAAACAGUACCUAUACACAUAAUAUUUUCCAUUACGCAAUCUACUUACGAGUAAUCGUGAGAUUGCGUAUAUUUCAAUAAUAUAUGUACAUAAAUGAUUAUUAUUAUUAUUAUUACAAAUUGUCAGUGUAAGAAUAAACGAAUAUAAGUAUAUUAAUUUAACGAAAUAUUAAACGAAAGACACGUGUUAACGAAAAACACGUAUAUAACGAGGAAAAUAAUGAGCGAAGAGUGUUAUUAGUGUUAAAUUUAUUAUAUCCUCCAUUAUUAUAUAUAUAUAUAUAUAUGUAUAUAUAUAUACAUAUAUACAUAUAUAUAGCUAUUAUUGUAAACAAAGUACCUAUACACGUUGUACCGUCAUUGUCAUCAGAGUUCGACAUUUUUGAGCGUUCGAAAAAAAAAAAAAAUAAACCACAGCAGUUUAGAAAAGUACGAUGCACGUUUUACACGAUUAUAUUUUCUUUUUAUUUCUUAAAAUUCUUUUAUUAUCACAAGCCUAACGAAUAUAUACAUAUAUAUGUAUCUAUAUAUAAUCUUGUUUUUUUUAUGAUCUAUAAUUUAUAAUAAUCACGUUGUGCGAUCAUAAAAAAUUUGCCUUAAGUAUUACUAUCUCGCAUAGAUCGGAAAAAAAUAUUAUCAAUUGCUUUCGCAAAUCAAGUAUCCGAGAACAUCUUUGAAAUAAUACAUAGCUCGAACAUACUAUGACAGAUAAUUGUACAGGAUCGCGAUAGAUUUCUGUCGAUAGAUAGAUUCAUUAUAUUUAUUUGAUCGAUACGAACUAUUAUUAUUAGUUUCGUCGACACAUUUCUACAUGUAUGAUUCGCGCAAAUGGAGAUCUUGAAGCUCGAAUAAUUCAACGAUCCUUAUAUCCAGUUUCAUAUUGGCCUAAUUAAGCAGGUGCUUGAACGUACAUAAAAAAAAAGAAAAAAAAGAAAACAACAACAACGCUGUUAAUAAAAUAUCAAAGUGUCAUAUAUAUGGAGUUGUGAUUAUGAUGACGCUAUUAAAUGAUGUUACGAUUUCAAUGUGCUCUCCAUAUUGUAUGGUUGUACACACACAUACACACACAUACCAUAUAUGCGUAUACAUGUACAGAAAGCCUAUUUAUUGUUAGAUGGUAUUGCAAGGACGAUCGUUUGAUUCCUACAUUUUCAGAAUAAAAAAAGAAAAAAAAAGAAAA